ACAGCAGCACACAACGUCUUGCACACUCAGAGCAGCAACAGCUCAGCAAAGCAACCAAAUACCAAAUAUCACAUAUUAAAUAUCCCACAAAAUGUCAUCGAUGCAAAUAUCGGAAAUGUCCAAGACGUAUCAGUACCGCAAGGUGAUGAAGCCGCUGCUGGAGCGCAAGCGACGCGCACGCAUUAACAAGUGCUUGGACGAGCUGAAGGACUUGAUGGUCGCCACGCUGGAGUCGGAGGGCGAGCAUGUGACUCGCCUGGAGAAGGCGGACAUACUCGAGCUGACCGUCACCCAUCUGCAGAAGAUGAAGCAACAGCGCCAGCACAAACGCGCCAAUGGUGGCGCCGAGACACUUACGCCGGCAGAGGGCUUCCGCUCGGGGUACAUACAUGCCGUCAACGAGGUGUCCCGAUCCCUGUCCCAGCUGCCCGGCAUGAACGUUAGCCUGGGCACAGAGCUGAUGACACAUUUGGGCCAGCGUCUCAAUCAACUGCAGCCCGCUGUGAAGGAGGUGCUCCCAGUGACAGCGCCGCUCUCCGUGCACAUUGCCAGCCGGGAUGCCUACUCGGUGCCCAUUUCGCCCAUCUCCAGCUAUGCCGGCAGCCCCAACUCCAGCGUGGCCAGCGAGCGAACGGGCAGCGCCUCCCUGCUGACCACCUGCUCCAGCAACCUCAGCAUCAAUGUGACCAAAAUGGAUGAGGGGCCUGACAGCGAGGAUGAGGAGAAUGUCUGGCGCCCAUGGUAGAGCCACACCGUCAAUCAGAAAAGAAAGAGAGAGAGAAUGAGAGUUGAGAGUAGCAAAAGUCUUCCAGGUCAAUGGGUCAAACAAAACCCAUUGACUCCACUUAGUAUUAAGUUU